AUAUGACGCAGGAAAGGAUGGCUUCAUUGACCUGAUGGAGCUGAAGCUGAUGAUGGAGAAGCUGGGUGCACCACAGACGCACCUGGGCCUGAAGAAUAUGAUCAAGGAAGUGGACGAAGACCUGGACAGCAAGCUCAGUUUUCGGGAGGUGAGAGGCUGGGGGGAUCUCCACGAGGACAGCGGGCUGCAUGCCCUGGCUCGGCUCUCCGAGAUCGAUGUCUCCACGGAGGGGGUGAAAGGUGCAAAGAGCUUCUUCGAGGCCAAGGUGAGGCAAGAGGAGAUCAAGCAAGAGCAGGAGGAGAAUAAGAAGCAGGCGGAGGAGCCGAAGCAGAGGAAAGCGGCGUUCAAGGAGCUGCAGUCCACCUUCAAGCAGUGA